AUGGAUGUUUGUGUUUUGCACAUAUCUGUAUCCAAUGAAAACAAAAAAUUGGUGGAUAUAGAUAUUGUUAGUGGUGGAGGUUCAUCGUUUGGCACAGGUGUAGAGGAUGAUAUUGAUUCAUCAGACAAUGAAGACAGUAACUCAACUGAUGAGAAUGAAUGUUUGGGUAAGUAUGCUGCAAAAAAUCAAAACUCUAUUUAUCUCAUGAGUGGAAAAUAUUUAUUAGUGAAGUUGGGCAAAAAUAUGAAGGGGGUUACUGAGUUUAGGAUCAAAUUGUGCACAUAUGCAUUUGAGAAGAAGUUUAAGUUCGUAUAUGUGAAAAAUGAUUUGAAGCGUGUGACAGCAGAAUGUGUGAAUAAACAAAAUGAAGGUUGCCCUUGGCGUGUGCAUGAACUGAAAAAAGAUGGUGGUGAUACCAUUUUGGAAUUUCUGGACACUAUACCCAAAGAAAGUUGGUCAAAUGCCUUUUUCCCAACUAGGUCAUCGUGCAGCCAAAAAAUGGACAACAUAUCUAUGCUCGAAGGUGGAAAAGUAGUUGCAGAAAAGUGUUAUGGCAUCCCAAUUGCACUUGUUCCUGAUAUUGAGAAAGAGGCACCAAAGGAACUUGAAGAAUUUAAAGUGAAAUCACCUGGUAGACCUCGAACCAAGAGGAUUAAAUCUAUAGGGGAGGAAAAAAAAGAAGCUACAAAUGCAGUAGGUGUGGUUAAGGUGUGA